UUGGCUUCGCUUUACAUAUAGGGGAGGAGACUAGCCGUUAGGUUCAUGCAAUCCCUCCCUCUCCGUUUCCGCUCUCCUAAGAAAAGCGCUCUCGCUGUUUCCUCUCGGAUCUAGGGCAAGAGUUCUCGUCAAUAGUUCUCAAAUCGAUCGAGAAAUUAAGGAUUUUCUUUGACUACUUCUGAAAGGUUGACUCUGGCAGAAGUCUAUGGCUUCUCGAACUCCUCUUGUUGUUCAGAAUGAGAAUGUACGCAAUUAUAGAGGAAAAGGUGUCGAUGGGGUGAAAGCUGAUCUUUCAAAACCUGCAAAAACUGGCCGUCAAGUCAGAAAAGCUUUGACGGAUCUUUCAAACACUGGCACACCUCUGGUUGCUGGUGUAUCAAAGACCUCUGCUUUGAAAGAGAAGUCUGGAAUACGUGGCCGUCAGACCACCCUGAAUGCCCCAAAGAGUACUAUUUUCACUGAUGAGGAGAUAAAGAUUUGCAACGAAUGGGCCAGGGAGGGAAUUGAGCAUGCUCAUUUCACAGGAAAUGACUUACAGAAGCUCCAGAGUGAUAUGGAGGAAGAACGCAUAAAAAAGAAAGUUGAGAAGGUACUGUCUGGAUUGCACGAGUGGUCAAAUGUUGCCUACGAUUUUGGGUUGCCAGUGAAGGAAGUCAAGGAUACUGAAUAUAUAGCGAAGAUACAGUUGGAGCCGGAGUUGCCUCCUCUCAUUAAAAAGUCAUCUUCAGUUAAGAAAGACAUUGUUGAUCUUCCUUUUGAUCUGGAGCUUGAUCAUCUUCCAAUUGUUGACCAUGAAAUUGAGUUCAAGUUGAAAGAUGAGCCGUCGCCUCAGAAGCAUCUUUCAUCCAUGUCUUUGGCACUUUAGAGUAGAGAUCAAUUGGGAAACAUUAAAAUCUGUCAAGCUUGGGAUUUUUUUUUCUUCUGAACACAUUGGUUUUUGGGAUACCUUAUGCUGUUUGUACAUGAAAAGAUGCUGCUUAACGCAAAUAUUCUCAUCCUUCUGUCUGUAAUGGAUCACUAUCUACAUUUUGCCAUUA